GGACGUCCCCGUGCCAGGCACAGGCACCUCCAGCCCCGGAGGCGCAGGCCAGCUCUCUGUCUCUGCGGGGGUGGCCUCUCCCGGACCUGUCACGUGUCCUUGGGGGCGGCGUGACUCUGACGCUUGUGCACGUGCAGCACGAGAUUCUUUUUCUGGCUCAGCGGCCGUCCUGCCUUGUUCUGUGACACCCUCACUUUGUGGGCUUUUGUUUCAGAAGCUCCAUUUCUAGACAUUCUUGGCAGGACCGACCCGUGACAGAGGACAAAGACCGAGUGUCCAGAAGAAAGGCGAGAUGGGCACAGCCCGUGAGGAGGCCCGAAACCACGAACUCUGUUAGCAGACUGGCCGCUCCCCACCUGGGCAAGAAGAUGUGAGCAGGACCGCGUGCUAUCUCCCCUCCGGCUCCCCCAGGGUCCUCAGCGGCGGCCCUGGUUCGGGGGAGGCGAUGCUGGGCUCUGGGUCCUGAGAUCACGCUGAAGCUGCAGGAGCGGCACUGGGACAGCGAGAUGGCCUCGGAGCAUCGGGACGUCCUGGUGCUGCUGCCCACGCGGGAACGGCUGCGGCUGGUCGUGGGGGUGCAGGCCACCGGACGCGAGCUCUUCCAGCAGGUGUGCGACCUGGCCAGCAUCAGAGAAGCCCAGCUCUUUGGCCUCAGCGUGGUGAGAAACAAUGAGUAUGUCUUCAUGGACUUGGAGCAGAAGCUCAGCAAAUACUUCUCCAAGGACUGGAAGAGGGAAAAGCAUAAAGGAAGGGGCAGACCCGGUGCCCCGUUCGUGGCCUUUCUCGGGGUACAGUUCUACGUGGAGAACGGCAGGGUCAUCAGCGACAGGACGGCCAGGCACCUGUAUUACUGCCACCUGAAGGAGCGGGUGCUGAGGUCCCAUUGCGCCCACCGGGAGGAGGCCUACUUCCUGCUGGCCGCCUACGCCCUGCAGGCCGACCUGGGCAACCACCGCGAGCAGGCCCACGUGGGGCGGUACUUCGAGCCGCAGGCCUACUUCCCGCCGUGGGUGAUCGCCAGGAGGGGCAGCGCCUACAUCCUCAGGCACGUGCCCGCCCUGCACCGCGAGCAGCGGGGCCUGAGCCCCAAGGAGGCCGCACUUCGCUUCAUCCGGGAGGCCUGCCGGCUGGAGGACGUGCCCGUCCACUUUUUCAGGCUCUGCAAGGAUAAGAAGGAAGAGCAGCCUACCAUUGUCCUGGGACUGACCCUCCGAGGCGUGCAGGUCUUUCAGGAGGUGAACCACGCUGCACAGCUGCUCCAUGACUUCGCCUGGUCCCACGUGGGGAAGCUGGCAUUUCUGGGGAAGAAGUUCGAGAUCUGGCCGGAGGGGCUGCCCUCGGCCCGGAAGCUGGUGUACUAUGCGGGCGGCGCCUGGCGGCCCGGGCCGCUGCUGCACCUGCUGAGGGCCAGCCACCAACUGCACCUCAGCCUGCAGCCCGCGCUGCAGCGGCUGCAGCAGCUGGAGGAGGCCGAAGAGAGGAAGUGCUACCGGGAGUCCUACGUCAGUGACGAGCCAGAGCUGCACUGGGACCCGGACCUGGCCAGCAGGGCUCCCCUCGGCUCCCCCAGCGGCAGCGGUGGGGACAGUGGGGGUGGUAGGCAGUGUCCCCAGCGCCUCUGGCGCCUCUCAGCUGGCAGCCACUGCAGCUCCCUCUCGUCGGGCAUCGCAGUGGACUCCCAGCCAGGGGAGACGUCGGUGGACGAGCCGCCCUGCAGCUCCAGCAGCAGCCAGAGCAGCCGUGGCACCUUUGGUGGCGGCAGAGCCUCUCCCCAGCAGCCCGCUGCCGUGCUGCAGAUCACGCUGCUCGGCACGAGGGACCGGAGCCCCGAGGCCGUGCACCAGGGCCCUGAGGCGGUGGCCGGACACGAAGACCAGCACAGCCGCAGCCUGGACGACGGGCACCCAACCCCCGCCCCGCGCCCCAAGCCACGCAGCUGCCCCCUCAGCCGUGCGCUGGACCCUGGGUCAAGGAGAUCCAUGAACAGCCUCGCCCUGGACUUGCUCCCAGAGGAGUUUGUGGUGUAGAUGCCUCCUGGGGCCGCUCUGCCCACGUGGGCUCCAUCCCGGCUUCACUGCGACACCCUCCCGGCUCCGCCGCUGCUCCGGUCUGUCCAUCCACGUGGUGAGGCUCUAUCCCCACAUCGCCGGCCUCGCCUCUCUCUGCCACCCACCGCCUGGCGAGGCCCCUGCUGCCGGCCCUUUACUCAGCGGCUUCCUCCUGCACCUGCACCUGUCGGGGUCAGACCCAGAAGCGCCCAGCAGGUCCCACUUUCCCUGCCGGGCGGACUGGGGCCAGUCCAACCUCCUUGCAUCCGGGUCUCCGGGAGGCGGAAGCUGAGGUCUGGGGUCCAGCGUCUGGGCAGUGGGCGGGGCCAUGCUGGCUCUAACCUGGAUGAAGCGGUCGUAGCAGCUCUCAGACCCUCCAACCCAUGGGGUUGCACCCCUGAUCACCCAACCCGAUGGCCGUCAGAGCACGAGGGAGCCGUGGCCUGUCAUCAGCACUGCUCACCCUUCCAGGCCAUUCGUUGCCACUGCCCCCUCCCCAAGUCAGAAGACUGGAUGGGACGUGGGGGUGCAGGUGGGGCUGCCCGACCCCCUUCUGGGGCAGGAGACCCUCCUGGGCUUUCACCCCUUCCCCAGGUGGCAGCCGGUAGCUGAGCGGAGCUGUACAACCAUUUCUGGAAAAGUGUGUGGAGAGGCCCUGACUUUCACUGGAGGCUGCGCUGCGGCGAUUAAGGGGCUAGUGAGCAGGCCGGCCAUCCUACCUGGGGCUAGAGCCUCCUGGGCAGGAGUGCAGUGACAUGUCCGCAGGUGGGGAGGGUGGCCUGUCUGCAGGCAGUACUAGCCUUCCCUUCAAAGUCGGGGCAGCUUCCUCAGGGCUGAGCCGGGGCAGGGGGCCUUCUCGAAGCCCAGCUGGUGGAGCGAGCUGGCCUCAGAUCUAUGUUCUGUGUCCCAGAUGGAAAGACAGGGCUGCUGCUACGUCUCACCUGCCCCCUGACCUGGCGGGGAGGGCGGGGGCUGCUCUGGGACAGGAGGGACCCCACGGCUGGUGACUGGGACGGGCGUGGUGUGGCUUAAUGCACCUGUGGGUCCCGCCAGCCCUGUCCCCUUGGCCAGAUCCCAGCGCACACCUGCUCACCUGUGUGUCAGUGUCGGAUCGUCCUCGCACUGUGGCCCCGAGGCGCCCUCGUCCCCUCCCUGUUGUGCUCCUGCCGCGAGAACCCCACAGGGCCCAGCCAUCUCUUGCCCAUUUUGGGGACGGGGCGGAGGCUGAGCUGGGGGGGGGUGGCCGGGGGCAGGGGGAGCUAAGUGACUCUGCUGGGCUAGGCUUCUCGGUUCUUUGUAUAAAAGGAGAUCUUAUGUGUGCACAUACUGGGCGCGUGUAAUAAAGAGCUCGACACAUGUC